AUGAGAUUGCGUUUUGGAGGAUUAUUAUGCGGACUGCUUGCAGCCGUGCAGAUAGCAAAAUGCAUAUACAUGACGCACAAAGAGAUGCUGGAGUGCCAGAACAAGGAGGUGGGCCACGUGGGCGGAAAGCCCGUGUAUGUGAACACGUGCUGGGGCGGGCACCCGGUGUGCAUAGCGCAGAUUUGCCGGCUGGGACAUGCGUACAAAAUGCGGGCGUACUCGUGCAAGGUGAAAACAAGCUUCAGUCUGGUGCCGGACAGGCACUUAGACAAGCAUAUAUAUACGAGAGAGCCGGAGAAGGACGGGCUGAAUAUGAGAGCGAAUUCUCGCAAGGGUAGAUACGAUAUGAUGUUCCACUACAUGCUGCUGCUGAUGUUUGGGCUGCGGAGAUCCAGCGGGCCGGAGUACGACUGCCUGACAGUUGAGUGCGCGCGACAAGACUCUUUUACUCAGUUCCUCCGGAAGAGCUGCAAAACGCAAACAGAGGCGCACUAUGUGCUGGCAGCGCUGCUGCUCCUGAGCGAGGGCGUCGACGUGCCGAUUCAGCUGGAUAGAGACAAAGACCGUGUGAUUAUAAGAAAAAGAAAAGGCAUUUUGGUUGAUGCUUGCAUAGGAGGGCCCGCUUUAGGCAUCAGGAAUACGCAGUUUUCCGAGGCUUGGCACGUGGUAGACUUCUUCAUGCAGUACACGGACACAUACAAGAUGCCAAGCACGUAUGAGGGCUUCCAAAAGGGCGACUUUCUGGAGAGCCCGCAGCUCCUUAUUCUCACGUACAUAGGCGAGUACGUGAAAAACGCCGAAGAGCUUAUGUCUGUGAUGGAGUGUGCGUUCAAGCUUGUGGAGGGCAUGGGCUUGGCUGAGAGAAUAGAGGACCCGGACAGCGUGGUCAGCCGGCUGUUUGUGCCUGCGAGCCGGCUGCCCGAGGCCCAGGCGUAUCUCGCGCCAUUUCUAGAGACGUUUCCUACUUUAACGGCCUUGGAGCGUUUUGAAGAGUUUAAGAGCUUUCAAAACGAAGUAAGGAUGGCAGUCCAAAAAAAAGAUGCCCCAGAUGAAGAGAAGGAGUACUUUGACGACCGCGGCACAAACUGCAGGUUUAUUGGAGAGUGCUUGCUCUUGCCGUUUCUUGCGCUUGACUCCGAAAACCACGCGUACAGCCUGGAGGGCCUUCUGAGCGGGGAUAAGAAAACGGAGGAGGUGGAAAAAACCAGGGCAUUUUUUGGUGAGCUGCAGGCGUGCAUUGAAAAAAAGUGCUGCUCUUUCGGGUGUCCCAAUGACACACAACAGCAGAGGUACAGGAACCUGUGGCUCAAGAUGAACACGCAGUUUAAGGAGGCGCUGGGGAAUGCCGCGCCGACAUUCCUAAACAAGAUGCGCGUGCUUGCGCAGAUGGCUGGGCGGCCGCAGACCGUGGUGGACGAGCUGGCAGCGCACCAGGCGGCCAUGGAUGCGAAAAGAAGCACAGAGCUGACCCCCAAGGCGAUCGAGAGCGUUCAGGCGCUGCUGCGCUCGAUAGCAGUGGACAAGCGCGUGAAGGUGAUCAUUCAGAAGCAAUCAAAGGGCUCUGAGCCCGAAGGCUAUCUUCUUACAGUAAAGUAUGCGGAAAUAGGCCAAGCCCACUCGCAAACUCUAAUGCUGUCAUUUUGUAAAAAAGAUUUCUCGGGCAUAAUACUGUCGCUGCCAGACUUGAGCGCUUCUGACAAAUUGCAGGAAAAGCUGGACGUGGCGCCCGCAAAAUACAGGCAGCAUGAGCGGUUUUCGAGCUUUGUGCUUGCGGAGUGCAUGCACCAGAUGGCGAUAGGGAUAGCCGCGCAGAGCCUUCCAUACUCAAUAACCAAUGCGCUGCGGGAGGCCGCGAGAAAGGCUGUCGAGCACAGUGCAGACAAGCCGAAUAGGGUGCUUUUAGCGCUGCCGGCUGCGGGCAAGGACAUCAGAAAAGAGCUUGUCUCUGCGCUUGUGCUGUAUGCUGAGCAGAAUAAGAUUGCGCUGACUCCAGAACACGCAAUAAGCCGGCUGGUUGCAAACGUGAUAGGGAGCAUCGACCUUAGCGCCAUGGCAGCGCAGUAUAGGAUCUUGGGGGUGCCUGUGGUCACCUGGACUCUGCAUAAAUUGUGCCCAAGGGUACAGCUGUCUAGCAAGCUGCAUCGGGAGAUUUGGUGUUCGCAGAAAUUUGCCAAAUAUGACGGGCUGUAUUCCGCCAAAAAGGCGGAAAUGCUUACACACAAAAGCAUAAUGCAGUAUUUCCGGAAAUACGCCAUGAAGACAGGCAAGCCUCUGUACAUGUGCGAGAUGCUGCAAGAUGCUGCUAAGAGGUGGUCAAUUAGUUGCGCGUGGGUAUUUGCGGCCAAUCCGCGGGAAGUGCUGAAAGAGAUCUGCGUUCUUUUGCGGGAAGAGCACACGGGGGAGGAUUUGCAGAGGGCCGAGGCUCUGAUUGCGCAGCUGCAGCAGGCCUGGGAGGAACGCUUCCCGUGUAAGAAGAGGCUGCCGCAAAUGCAGUGUGAGGAUUUUGUCGGCAGUGUUUGA